AUGGAAUCCAAGUGUCCUAUCAACAUUUACAAGUUUCCCUUUGAUACCCAGACUUGUUCAGUUAUAAUACGUGGAUGGUUCGGGUCCUACAAUAAAGUACAUCUCUCCAGUGAAACAGAUGUUGACAUGAACCUAUUUGAAGAGAAUAGCGAGUUUGAAAUUUCCACUGAAGAUAUCACUAACAUUGAUGGUGAAAACGAUGGACGGUUAAUACGUAUAACCUUCCAUUUGAGACGACGCCCUAUGUUCUAUAUCUUCAACAUCCUGCUCCCCGUGGUCCUCCUCUACUUCCUCAACACCUUCGUGUUCCUGCUGCCCUCACAGAGCGGAGAGAAGACCAGCAUGGCCGUGUCUGUCCUCCUCAGCUUCCAACUGUUUCUGUCCAUCAUCAGGGACUCCCUGCCUGAGAACUCUCUCACCGUCAGCCUCUUCAGCCUCUACGUGUCUCUGGCCAACUUCACCAGUGUUGUCAUCGUCGUUGUCAAUAUCCUCCUUCUCAAAAUGAAAGGUAAGCCACCACCGAAAUGGAUCUUAAGAAUGUGUAAGAAGGACUCUGUUUCAAACCAAGUUGAUGUUGUAAGUGGCAAUGUGGAGGAUGAAGAGCAGACAAGACCAGAAUGGGCAGAUAUUGAAACUAAACUAAACAAGACCUGUUUUACAUGCUUCUUUGUGUUUAGUAGUAGUGUAACAGCCGUGAUUCUUGGGAUGCUGACAAGAUAA